AUGCACGUCACCGCCUCCAUCUGUUCAACCCUAUCAUCGGACUUUAGGUCAAGCGCGCUUUGUGCUAUCGAGGCACAGGUGGAAUGUGUGAAAGGCAUGGAUGACGCGCGGCACGUCGAUCUCGAUGAGGUUGCGCUUGAGCAAUAUGGCCUGGCUACGGAUGUUUCACAGUCGCGAGCAACGAAACCUCUCAGGAAUAAUCACGGCAGGAUCAUUGCCAUUCGCCGUCAUGGAUGCUCUCAGUGGUACUCGAAUUUCAACCAUGACAGCGCUCGCUCCCAGUCAUCAGUUACGCCACAAAUCGCAACUUCAACAUUCCUCAGGUCCAGCAUAAACGGGCCGACCUAUUUGAACACUUGGCUAUUUCAUGUGCAAUAA